CAGCUUAACAUUCAGUUCAAACUUGAACCGCAUUUGUUUCCCCAUCUCCUCUCAUUUUGCCAUUUUCCCUUUUCUUUCUCCAUUUUCUCUGUCUUCCACUUGCCUCCACUCUCCCAUCAAUCUGUUCCUUAGGAUUUGAUUCGAGGAGACAACAGAUGAAGCCUGUGGAUCUCAUUCUACGUUUAACAGCGACGACGAUUACAAGAAGUGCGUGAAGCAAAUCUGUGAAAGAAAAGCCCCAAAUUAUUGGGAAAAAAACGAUUUCAAUAUCUGUUACUUUUUAAUUCUAACGGCGACGGAGGAAAAUGAGCGCCUCGAGGUUCAUAAAGUGCGUCACUGUCGGCGAUGGCGCCGUCGGAAAGACCUGCUUGCUGAUUUCCUACACCAGCAACACGUUCCCCACGGACUAUGUGCCAACUGUUUUCGACAAUUUCAGUGCAAAUGUUGUAGUGGAUGGCAGCACUGUCAACUUAGGCUUAUGGGAUACUGCUGGUCAAGAGGACUACAAUAGAUUACGACCAUUGAGCUAUCGUGGGGCUGAUGUCUUUAUUCUUGCAUUUUCUCUCAUCAGCAAGGCCAGUUAUGAAAAUGUUGCCAAGAAGUGGAUUCCUGAAUUAAAGCAUUAUGCACCUGGUGUUCCAAUAAUUCUUGUCGGAACUAAGCUUGAUCUCCGUGAUGAUCAACAAUUCUUAAAUGACCAUCCUAACGCAGUUCCCAUUUCUGCAGCUCAAGGAGAGGAAUUAAAGAAACAGAUUGGGGCUCCUGCAUACAUCGAGUGUAGCUCAAAAACACAGCAGAAUGUGAAGGCAGUCUUUGAUGCAGCCAUUAAGGUAGUGCUCCAGCCUCCGAAUAAAAACAAGAAGAAAAAGUCAGGUGGUUGCUCUAUAUUGUGAACAGAGGAAGAGUCGAGUCUGGAAAAGAUGGAUCUACCUGUCAGCUUCUUGUUGUCAGUACCUCUAUCACUGUCACUUUCUUUUCCAAUUCAGGGAAACAGCAAGCCACCAUGUUCAAGUCUUAACCUGACUUUCUAUGGAUUCCUGUGAAAGCAUCAGGUGAAUUUGUUUCGUGUUUUACCUAGUCUAUCUAUGAUUUUGAUGACAAGCAUUUCUUGUUAAUAUGCGCGUCUCUUUUGCUUUUAAUGUUUAAACUUUUUUUUUUUUUGCAUUAUGUUUAAAUUUAAAGCCAUUUUAUUUA